CAUGGAGCUGUUGGCCCGUUCUACCUCGCGUGCUGGCAGUUGAAGCGUUCACGAACCAGCCAGAGCAACGGACUCGAACCGGUCACUCUCUGCGUCUCCGCCCUGGAACUUUACACACACACGACUAUUUAGAAGUUAUUUUUCACUGCAAACUCUGUAGCUGGCGUUCAGAUCCUCCCGGAGAGACUUUGUUUACAUAACUGACAAAUGUAGCAUACUUGGGUAGCCACACGGCGAAAGGACAACUCGUUAAUCUCUGCGGGUUUGUUAGAAACAUUGACGAAAAGAUUGACUAAAAGUGAAAAUUCCGAAGUAUCGACAUGACAGAGGAACUGGAGCAAAUUCUUUCACAGCUGACAGAACCUGACAAUGCCGUUAUUCAGCAGGCCACGGCCAAGCUGAAACAGGCUUUCAAAGAUCCAGCCAUUAUUCCAGCCCUGUGUGCUGUCAUGAGUGGUUCCCAAAACCCUCAGAUUCGCCAGUCAGCUGCAGUGAUGCUGAGAUUGAGAGUGAAGAAACACUGGAAGAAGAUCAGCCCUAAUGACAGAGAGAGCUUAAAGGCAGUGGUGUUGCAGGCCUUCAUGCAGGAAACAGAGCACUCAGUGCAGUACUCCAUCUCCCAGCUGUGUGCAGUUAUGGUUAAACAUGAGACACCAGAUCGCUGGCCUGCACUGCUGCAGCUUCUCAAUGAAUCCACCAAGAGCAGCAACCCUGAAGACAGACAGGUUGGCCUCCUGCUGCUUAAUAAGGUGAUGGAUUCCAAUCCUGAGCCUUUCAAGCCUCACUACUGUCAGCUGCUGCAGCUGUUUGGUACCGUGUUACAGGACCAUGAAAACCCAACAGCCUUGUACUACUGCAUCCUCACUCUCACAGCCAUCACUGCAUACACUGGCACAGACGAGAUGAACCAGAUGCGUUCUAUCAUCCCAAGUCUGAUUGUUGCUCUGAAACACCUCAUCAAGGCUGAUCAGAACCAAGCCAGUGAGGCUAUGGAGGUGUUUAAUGAGCUCAUGGAGAGUGAAGUAUCCAUCAUCGUCCCUCAUGUUACUGACAUUGUCAGAUUCUUCUUGGAGGUGGGCAGUGACACCACAUUGAGUGACUCCCUGCGAGUGAAAGCCCUCUCUUGCAUCGCCUUCCUCAUCAAGUUGAAGAGCAAGACAGUGAUAAAGCAGAAGCUGCUAAACCCCAUCCUACAGGCCGUUUUCCCUGUACUGAUAGCAGCUCCCCCACCUGGCGAGCAGGACCCAGAGGAUGAGGAGGAUGACACUGGAGAUGGCACAGACAAUGAAAAUACCAAACACUGUGCUGCUCAGAUUAUUGACACUAUGGCGCUUCAUAUGGCUCCAGAGAAACUGUUCCAGCAGCUAAUGCCCCUGACUCAGGCCUGCCUUGUCAGUGAAAACCCCUAUCAGAGGAAGGGGGCUAUCAUGUGUCUGGCUGUACUGGCUGAAGGAUGUGCAGACCACAUACGCACUAAGAUGCUGUCAUCUCUGCUGCAAACAGUAUGUCAGAGUCUUUCUGACAGUAGUCAGGUGGUGCGCAGUGCCGGCCUUUUUGCCCUUGGACAAUUCUCUGAACAUUUACAGCCUGAAGUGAGCAAGUACUGUGCAGAGCUGAUGCCUUUGCUGCUGGGCUACCUUUCGUCUUUAAAUGAGGCAAAGGUCGGCCACGUCACUAAAGCCUUUUACGCCCUCGAGAACUUCAUGGAGAACCUAGGAGCUGACAUCGAGCCCUACUUGCCCACCCUAAUGGAAACUAUGUUGUCUGCUCUCAACAACACUGACAACCUUAAGAUUAAAGAACUAGCUGUGUCUGCCAUUGGUGCCAUAGCCAAUGCUGCCAAGGAGCUGCUGGUUCCUUAUUUUUCUCCAGUGAUUGAAAGCUUAAAGGGCUUUCUGACUACCACCACAGAGGAAAUGAGGUCUCUGCAAACUCAGUCCUUGGACACUCUGUCUGUGUUGGCCCGUACCAUUGGCAAAGAUGUCUUCAGUCCUCUUGCUGCAGAAUGUGUUCAGCUGGGCCUUAACCUCACUGAUACCAUUGAUGAUCCUGACCUGAGACGCUGCACGUACGGUCUGUAUUCCGCUGUAUCCAUUUCCAGUCCCGACUGCCUGAUUCCUCACCUCCCUGCCAUAACAACUGUUAUGUUGCUCGCCCUGAAGUCCAAUGAAGGCAUCACGGCACACCUCGAGGAGGACAAAACAUUUGUACUGCUGGACGAUGACGAUGAUGACGACGACGACAAUGAAGAAGAAAAAGAUGGAGAUGAUUUUUUGGAAGAUGAGUCUGAGACAGAUGUCCAUGAUGUUGCAGGGUUCAGUGUGGAGAACGCCUACAUUGAUGAAAAGGAAGAUGCCUGCGACGCUCUGGGAGAGAUUGCCUUCAGCACUGGUGCUGCCUUCCAGCCCUUCCUGGAGUCCAGCUUCCAGCAGAUUUAUGAGAUGAGAGAUUUUCCCCACGAGGACGUCCGCAGGGCAGCAUUUGGAGCCAUGGGCAAGUUUUGUCGAGCUCAGCACAAAGUGUGGAAGGAGAAUCCCACUGAGGCCAACCACCAGGCCCUGUUGAAGCUGCUGGAAGUGGUGCUUCCUUGCUUUGUGGAAACAGUUCGAACAGAGCCUGAGCGCCUGGUUGUAAUGGGUGUCCUGGAAUCCAUGAACGGUGUCAUCAAGUCUUGCGAGGGGGAGGUUUUCAGAAAUCCAUCACGCCUUAAAGAGAUCAGCUAUGUUAUCCGCGAUGUGCUCAAGAAAAAGAUGGCUUGCCAGGAUGGUGGUGGCGAUGAAGCUGAAGAUGAAGACCAGCAGGCCGAGUAUGAUGCCAUGCUCCAGGAGUUUGCGGGGGAAGGAAUCCCCUUGGUGGCCUCUGCUGUUCCUGCUGACAGCUUUGCCCCUUUCCUCAAUGACCUGCUGCCUCUCAUCAUGGGCAAAACUAAAUCCACAGGCACGGUGGCAGAACGAUCCUUCUCUCUGGGUACGAUUGGAGAAAUCCUCCAAGCUCUAGUGACGGCCCCUGGAGGCCAAGGACUGGCAGGCCGACUGUCCAACCGUUUGCUCCCUGUGCUGGUGGCUGGAGUGAGGGACAGCGAUCCGGAGGUUCGGAACAACAGCGUGUUUGGACUGGGAUGCCUGGCUCAGGCUGCUGGACCCAUCGUUUUAACAGACUAUCCCAUGAUGCUGUCUGUGUUUUCCAACCUGCUGGUGAAGGAGUCAGACGCCAGGGUGAUUGACAACCUGUGUGGUGCCCUCUGCAGGAUGAUCCUGAGCAAUGUGGAAGCUGUCCCUCUGGAGCAGGUUGUACCUGCUCUAGCGGCUCGUCUUCCACUCAAAGAGGACAUGGAGGAGAACAAGACGGUGUUCAGCUGCCUGGCUUUGCUCUACACACACAGUCCUUCUCUGGUUGUGAAGGUAAUGAAGCAGAUAGUUGUUGCCUCCAGUCACGUCUUGGACCACAAGGAUGUUGAUAAAGAAACCCAGAACACUGCAGUUCUACUGAUGAAACAAUUUGCCCAGAACCACUGCGCAGAGUUCCAGGCAGCUGUGAGGCCUCUUCCAGCAGAGCAACAGGCCAAACUUAGUGCAGUCGUCACUGCCUCAUAACUCUCACACACCCUUCCACUCAGAAUUUUUAUACUGUAGGUGGAAAAAGGGACAGUUGUGUGUGAAGUUUCCCCUAAAAUGAUCUAAAUACAGCACUUGAACCAUUCUGCUCCGGUUAUUAUUAUAUUCAGCAGCUCUGCUUCUGACUAUUAACUUUUAAUUUGUUUGCUUAUGUGCAUGGUAUGUUGAAGUUUUAUUAUUUUACAAGUUCUGGUUUACCAUCCUGUGUAUUCUGUUUUGUUUUCUGUUAUUCCUGUAAAGUGCUACCAUUAAUUGUUACGCUGCCCCCUUUCCACUGUUUGGAAAGACCUCUGGCUUUACUAUCAGAGUGUGAAGCAAUUUAUUCUCCUGGUAAAUAUCAUUUUUCAUUACCAUCUACCAUUUUAAAUCAGCAGGCUGUGACCUGUGGAGUCCUAUGUGCUCUUUUCUAACAUUGCCUUAUUCAGAGAUUUCACUGCUGCUUAAAAAUUGACUUCUGCACCGAGCCAACGACCCGUAGAGCUCACUGACUAACUGGACAUAUGCUCAUUUGUUAUUAAAAACUGCGCUUACUUUA